AUGGACAUGAUUGCUGUUUCCCCGCGUGUCUCGGUGCUUUACCUUAAUCUUCUCCUUAGCCUAUACGAUCAUGAUGUAUCCGUUUGGAGCCCCCAAGGAAGAAUUCAUCAAAUAGAAUAUGCAAUGGAAGCAGUCAAGCAAGGAUCCGCAGUUAUUGGUCUAAAAAAUAACGAUUUUUCAAUAAUUCUCGCUCUGAAGCGAGCUCCCUCCGAACUUUCAUCUUUUCAAGAAAAGAUUAUUCAUAUUGAUGACCAU